AGGACACUUUACUGGUGAGGAUGCAAACAGGUUUAGAUCCUUUUCCUUGGAUAUAAAAAGGGACAGUCAGAUCCCACGGCCUGCUCUCUGCCAUGGCAGCGAGCAACUGGCGGGACAUGGAGCCGUCUUCAGAAGUAUAUGAUUAUAACCUAGUACCUGAGCAUACCACUAAAGGACAAUCAGAUGGCAAUACCCUCAACAACUUGUCAAGGGUGCUGGAGAAGUCCACGUAUUUCGAUGUCGCCACAUGCAUAGCCAGGGAAGAUGGAGCUGAGCCUAUCCAUCAGAGCAUACAGCUAGUCCGUCGUAAAUCCGAAGAACGGCAUUAUCUUUUCCUUGUGUGGACUGAAUCGGACCUGCCCUCUUUCUCUCUCUCUGGGUAUGAAAUUGCCGAAGAAAAGACUGCAGUUGAUGUUGAUAGUCACGGCACUCUCUGGACGAUUCUUUCUCUUGAGACGUCUCGCCUCAGUCUGCAAGAUGAUCAGCUGGAGGUUUGCCUUCGCGUCCCGAUCGGAGGAAGCGGGUGGAGCCAGCAGGGAUCAUCUACAAGGCAGUUACUACAUAUUCAUUUACUUAGUUAUACUACAAUCUACCUAGUACUAAUACCUCAUGACGACAUCUGUUGA